UGAUAUAUAUAACUCGUGUAAAUCAAGUGACUUGUUUUGAUCCGUUCACUCAGCUCAGCACAGUAAAUGUUUGUUUUUUUCAUCCGCAGCGAUAGAUCUGUUCUGAAAUUCCUAACGAUUAUAACGGCAAGAUGAAAACUUCAGCGAUUAUUUCCCUGCUUACCUGCAUUGUGAUGAUGGUGUCAGCACAACAGCCAAUUCCUUGCUGUGCUCCACCGCAGUUUGUUCUUCAUUAUGAGCAAGUUUUAGCCACACAAACUGCGGAUAUGCCAAUGGCUAUCACAGAGGAAACAUUAGAUGCUGCUUAUGAUUUUGUGAAUGCCUUGGUAGGCAUGGACCUCACCAUCCGUCCGCUUAAUCAACCUGAAACCAAAGCGAGGCUCGUACAGAACUUCACUGCGGGUUACCAAUGGAUCAUACAAGGAGCGACUUGUAUCAAGCAAUCUUUGGCUGCUGUUACCCCACCCGCAAGAUGUGUACCAGAGGAUGCAAUUUUCGAGGGGACAUUCGAUGUCGGACUGGAGAAGUUAAAGGUCCAUACAUGGCUCAUCAAUGCCACCGCUCCUGGCCCGAUCAAGGGUACGCAGCGCUACACUGUCGCAGACUACAUGUGCACACCAUUCAGUAGCACGUUCAUCGGGACCGAGUCCAACACACAGCCACCAACAACAUUUGUCAACUCUGGCAACUACAUGAAUUUCUCCAACAAGAUAACUGAUCCAGAUCACUGGUUCAAAUUGCCAUCAUCAUGUAACAGCACCGCAUCAGAAGUGCCUGUGACUGAACGAAUGAUCAAGCUUUCAAGUGCACGUCACAUGCGAUUCUUCUAACUUCUGAAGACAUCAUGUUCACAAUCAUGAUUUAUCCUCAUAGUAGUAACCUUAAAGCCUAUCUGCACUAGUUUGGCCAAGGGGGAUUAGACCUCCCUGCAAAGUCACCAACAGGUGGUUAUCUCAUCAAAUCAGCUCUCAAUUAACAUAAGAAAAACGGGACCGUGGAGGACAGUGGGGGACCAAUGGUCAUCGAUUAGGCAUUGUUUGCUAUAUAGAGGGCGCAAGUAGCUAUAAGUAGUGCAGUGGGGCUUUAAAAUUAAUGGCUAGUUCUGGUAGUUAAAGGAUAUUGGAAUAGUCUCAUGCUGUUCUAUGUAGAGUGCCUA